ACGGAAGGACGCACAAUGUUUGCAGUGAUAGUUUGUAUCUUGGGAUUGCUCCAUAUGAGCCGCUCCUGCAGCUUGGUGAGCGUGUGUACAGACCUGACUUCUGUCCAGCAGGAGAUCGUGGACGUACACAACGCCUUCAGGAGAGCUGUGGACCCGCCGGCCAGCAACAUGCUCAAGAUGAGUUGGAGUGACGCAGUGGCUCAGUCGGCUCAAGACUGGAUCGAUCAGUGUAACAUGACACACGGGCCACCAAGCAGCCGCCUGAUAGACGGAUAUGAAAUGGGUGAAAAUCUCUUCGAGGCGUCUGGACUUUAUUCAUGGACUGAAGUGGUAAAUGCGUGGCAUAGCGAAGUCAACAAUUAUCAAUUUCCCAUCGGCUCUAUCAACGGUCAGCCGACUGGACAUUACACACAGGUGGUGUGGUACAGCUCGUAUGAGGUCGGUUGUGCCAUGACCCAGUGUGGAAGCAACUACUUCUACGGAUGCCAUUACUAUCGCGCAGGGAAUUUCAGAGGAGUCUCUCCGUACUCGCUGGGCUCUCCGUGUGAAUCCUGCCCGGAUGACUGCCAGGACCAUCUGUGCACGAACCCUUGUCCGUACAUCAACACGUACAUCAACUGUGAUGCCAUGAAGGACCAGGCCUCCUGUGAAAACCCCACCGUGAGCCAGGGCUGUCCGGCCAGUUGUCUCUGCGAAGACAAAAUCAUCCCUAUAGCGAGGAAAUGACAUUCCCUAUGGCUAUGUUAUAUGAAGUACGGCCAUAUUUUUGAUAGUUGUAGCGUCUCUUUCCUAUAAUGUGAAACAUAUAUAUUCUAACUUCUUUCUAUUUCUAUUCUUUCUAUGUGGAAUACCUCAAAUAUGAUGAUAAUUAAAAAUCAAGGGUACUGUACUUUCAUAAUAUGCUGAAAUAGGCCAGUCUGCAUUGUUUUGCAUUAUUACCUCAACUUCUUUUCUUUUUUUUUUCCAGUAAAGCUUAUACAAUCACA